AUGCAUGCUUGGAGAAAGCAUAAAGGGAACCCAAGUCCAAUUUGGGAAGAGCUUCCUAUACCCUCGACUCCUGUCAACGGGUUUCUGGUGAAGCUACUGGCAUCCGGAGUGUGUCAUAGCGAUCAGCCCCUUCUGGACAUUGAAGACCGGCCGCAGUUCAGCGAGAAGUAUACACUUAGCAAAGUUGACUUCUUCUCCCAGGGCCAUGAAGGCUGUGGAGAGAUAAUACAGAUAGGAGAAGAAGUCACGGACAAAAGGUUCAAGCUAGGAGACCGAGUGGCCCUCCUUGCUGUUCCGGGAUGCGGGUUAGUUACCUGCUCUGAAUGUUCGAGGGAUCUGGCACAGCUAUGCCCGGCAGGAAUGCACCACGGGAUUGGUCAAGACGGCUUCUAUGCUGAGUACGUCGCGGUCAAUGUUCGCGCCGCGAUUCCGUUGCCUGAUGGUGUUGAGCCAGCCGUCGCUGCAGUCGCUACUGAUGCUGUCACUACAGCUUAUCAUGGUAUUACCCGCCGCGCUGAGGUCAAGAAAGAAGAAACUACUUUUCUUUUUGGACUCGGUGGGCUUGGCUUCAAUGCGCUCCAGAUAGUCCGUGCUAUCGGGGCUAGAGUCAUCGUUUCCGAUCUGCGGCAAGAAAAGCUGGAUGCUGCUCAGAAGUUGGGUGUUCCAGCAGAGGAUAUCGUUCCAGUUGGGAAGUCGGUGCAAGACUUCGUCAAGGAAAAUGGGUUGCAGGGAAGAUUGAUACCGUACUUGAAUUUGUGGGGAGCAACCAGACUAACCAGGAUGCGCAACAGAUUGGUGACCAUCCUCGCUAUAUUGCGUCCUGGGGGGAAGAUCCUGUGUGUUGGCACCCUUGAUCUCAUCAAUGGACUGGACAUGAAGAUUGGAAUUCGGAAAAGACUAAGCAUUAUCUUCACAUAUGGUGGGCAGUAUCGAGAUCUAGUGGAGGUGCUUGACCUGAUUGCCAAGGGAGUCAUUCAGCCUCAGGUCGAAUUGGGCAAGUUGCAGGAUUUCCCGAGGGUACUCAAAGAAUUGGGAGAGGGCAAUAUCAAGGAUCGGAUAGCAUUAGUGUCAGAUCUUGUAUGA